AUGCCGCUACAACCUCGCCCGAUCACCCUGUCGCUCAGACAGACCUGUCUAUAUCAUGUCUGCCGACCACGACUGAAUUUGCCGGCAGGCGUAUACGCUUGUCGCCAACAGUUCUCCCAAACUGCAUACCACCGUCGAGGCGCAAAGCCCGCCGAGGCCACCGUACCGCUUCGCAAACAGCUGAAAGAGGAGGCGAAACAGCGGAAGAAGUCUGCCAAAGCUGCUGGCAAGGGAAGCAAUGAAGUCAACACACUGCUGGACAAGUGGGAGUUGACGGUCGGUAUCGAGGUGCACGCCGAGCUGAACACUGCCCACAAGCUCUUUUCGACUGCUCGAACCUCUGUCAAUGCCGAACCCAACGAACAUGUCGCUCGCUUCGACGCUGCUCUUCCAGGUGCCCAACCGGCUUUCCAGAAGGCUACUCUUAUCCCAGCUCUUCGUGCUGCUCUGGCUAUGAAUUGUGACAUACAACCUCGUAGUAGCUGGGAUCGCAAGCACUAUUUUUACCAGGAUCAGCCGAAUGGCUAUCAGAUAACUCAGUAUUAUGAACCCUUUGCCCGUAAUGGUUCCUUGAUUCUGACUUUGGAGGAUGGUAUCGACCCCAACGACAUUCCUGAGCCCAAAGGAAGCGCAGAGAACCCAGGUCUCACGAUUGGUAUCAAGCAGAUACAGAUGGAGCAAGACACAGCGAAGACGGCUUUACAACCUCCUUCCACAUACCUCCUUGACUUCAACCGUGUGUCACAUCCUCUGAUCGAAAUCAUCACCCUGCCUCAAAUACAUUCGCCUGCCACUGCUGCUGCAACUGUUCGCAAGAUACAGUCUCUACUCAAGGCUGUUGACUCGUGUGUCGCCGGUAUGGAGAUGGGUGGUUUGAGGGCCGACGUAAACGUCAGUGUCAGACAACGAGGAUCCAAAGGCGACAACAACGAGUACUCUGGCGUUACUGGUCUAGGCACAAGGACCGAAAUCAAGAACUUGAGUUCCUUCAAAGCAGUCGAAGAUGCUGUCACCGCAGAACGAGAUCGUCAAAUCAAGGUUCUCGAAGCUGGAGGUGUGAUUGAGGGAGAGACCAGAGGCUGGACUAUCGGCAGCACAGAAACAACUCGCCUCAGGAGCAAGGAAGGAGAGGUCGAUUAUCGAUACAUGCCAGAUCCUGACUUGCCUCCUGUCUUGAUCUCGAAUGAACUGGUUGACCAUCUCAGGAAGACUUUGCCAGAGUUGCCAGAUUCCACAGUCUUGAGGGCAAUUAAUGACUUCGGGUUGUCCACGAAGGAUGCAAAAACACUCUUCUCAUUAGACGAUGGCGAGAGACUCGAGUAUUGCGCUGAGACAAUCGAGCUGGUUCAGACGAAACUCUCUGCUCAAGCCUCUGAUGACAGUCAGAACCAAGCCAAGGUCGGCAAACUGGUUGCCAACUGGGUUUUGCACGAGAUCGGUGGUCUACUCGCUUCGGAUGGUCGCGAGUGGUCAGACCUCACAAUCACAACUGAAGAGCUUGCAUCGCUGCUGGCAAACCUUUUGUCGAAGCAAAUCACUGCUCGUGUAGGCAAGCAGAUCCUCCAGCAACUAUACGAAGAAGAUGCAGAUGACAGAAUAUCUGUGGAUGCUCGCAUUGAUGAAGGCAACCUUCGCCUUCGCCCAAUCAGCAGAGAGGAGUACAUCGAGCUCGCUCAAUCAAUCAUGGAUGAGAACCCGAACAUGGUCAGUGCGGUCCGCGACAAAGGACAAAAAGGCAAGACCAUGUGGUUCGUAGGUCAGAUGGUUAGGAGAGCGGAAGAAGGCACUGUGGAAGCCGAAAAAGCAAAGGAAAUCAUCGAGGAGCUUUUGUUUCCAUGA